AGACUUCCAGAGAGUAACGUCCGUAUUCAUGACGCAAUCGUACGAAAGGCGAUAGCGCUUGCAUCUCCGUUAGAAAGCACGGUAAAGCUGCACGAAGUUUUGCAAAUUUCAUCGAGAAUUUCCACGAAACUGUGGCACAUCCAUCGGGAAAUGCGAGCUGCGAAUCGCCAAAAAAAUAUCCGUACCAGUGAUGCAACUGCAUGGAACACGGAUUCACCUAAUUGAGAUGCUGAUCGAUGACCGCAACGUUGGUCAAUGGAAUCGCAAUCGAUCCCCUGGAGAAGCCAGAGAUCGGUCGGUGCUCGUACUCGGAAAGGAAUUUCGCGAUGAAACUGGCCGAUGGAUAAACGGUGGGGCGGAGAAGAUGGAGCCAGCGGAGCCAGAGAGGCCGAAAGGGACGAGGAAAGGCAGAAAACGGGAUUACGUAAGAGGAAAGUAGCUUUCCGAUGCGGGACAGGAGAAACGAAGAGCGUGGCGCGUUGAAAAGUCACGUCGUCCCGAAGAAUAGAGAAUUAGACGGCGCAAUUGACAAUCGUGAUGUUUGUAAAUUAGGUUUAGAUUUUAUCCGCACUUUAUCUGGCAAGGCUGUGCGAACGUUGAGAUGCAUUAAGGUCUUCUUUCCAGACUUUAUCUGGAUCAAAUCUGAAGUCCGUUUAAGUUCUGUACGUAGAAGGGAAACGAUAAAUAGCAAAGCGGAGAAGACAGAGAGGGGAUCGAAUUUCAUCUAAAAAGGCGAAAUAAAAUGUCUGUACGUGCCAGGAGAAUGAUAAAUAGCAAAGUAGAAAGCAAGAAAGGCAGGAGUAAAAUGUGUGUACGAAGAAAAUGACAGACAGUCGAAUCGUUUCGAAUAAAUAUUUAUGUAAGAUAAAUAUCCGAAGAAAUUUAUAAUAUUCGAAUAUUUUUAUCCGUGAUAAAUUACUUUUUCUGUUUCGUCAUAUAAUGAUUGCAGAAUUACUCGAACGAUAAUACGAAUAAUUGUUUGUUUUUACUUAAUUUUGGACAAGUAUGUAAGGAUAGGAGUAUAAUGCUUGUUAUUAAUUUACCAAGGAACGAUAAACUUUCCAAUUUGAUAUUUGGAAAAUGUUAAUUAUAAAAACCAAUAUUACAACCGCACAAUGAAGCUUGAGAAUAUAUCUCACGUUUAGCGACGCGUUCAUCUUCGGUGCGAUAUAAAUAGUCGUAUUACAUAAUUUUAUUUCGAUAUAUUCCUAUUUAAGUAUACAUUUUUCGAUUAAAUCUCUAUUCAAAUAAAUUCUUAAUAAUUUUUUACUUGAAUAAAUCCUCAUUCCUCGUAAAUACGUAUUCGAUUGGAUAUUUAUUCAAUUUUGACGAUGAAUAUAAUUUUAUUCCAUAUUUUUAUUCGUCAGCUGUUAUUCGAAAGAAAUAUUGACCAACAUUGGAAGAAAGAGGAAAGAUCAUUUAAAAACUGAAAUGACAUAAAAUAGAAAGGGAAUUUUAUCUUUAUCUGUGAUUCACGAAAUACUUCACGUUUUCCAUAUUAGUAUUUAUUCGUAAAUUAUUGCGAGUGAAUAAUGCAUUGAUUUUGCGUAAUCGAGAUAUAUAGAAUAAUACGCGCAUCAUUAUUUAUAAUUUUUAAACGGUCAAAGCUCGAAAUAAAGGGCAUUUCACGCUUGGCAAUAAAAUAUUAAAAGUGCAUGUGACAGAUACCGAGGAUAUUUAUGUAUUUUUAUGCACCAAAAAAAGUAGAUAUAAUAAAAAUAAAACAGUAAAUGAUAAACGCCACUAAAACGAAACGAAUCUCAUGUAAAACCUCUGUAAAAGAUAAAAACAGAAGUAAGAUAGAAAAGAACUCGAAGAAGCAACAUCUACGGACUGUAGAAAGAGAAACCAGAGUGUACAUGCAUCUUGCGAAAAACCAGAUGUACAGAAGCGAGUGUAAGUUGCACGAGAAAGAAAGAAAAAAAAGAAAGAUAGAAGAAAGGAGGAAGAAGAUGAGACGUUGGAUGGAAGAUGAAGAGGAGGGUGGAGUGAUAUAAACAGAGCAAGAAGAAAGGAAGAAAGUCGAGGAAGAGAGAAAGGUGGAGGCGAGGCGUGUGUGCAGAACGGAGGCAAUGUCACCGAACUUACAUAAUGUGUCCUGUUUCUUCAAUUACACGCGCCGAGAUAUCGAUGCAACGUACAUUUAGGUCGCUUGUACCUGUAUAUAUAUAUAUUCAAGAGACCUUUGCUCCUGCCAUAACCGUGGAGGAUGGAAAUGGCAGUUGCAGAACAAAAAGAAUGUGGGACGUUGUUCUCUCGAACGCAGAUACGCCCGAUGUAUUUACUCUUUAUAUUAUUGUCUCGUUGGUCAUGUACAAAGUGAGAGGAAACCUGAUUCUUUUACGUCAAAUCCUUCUCCGUUUCUCUAAACCAACGAGUCAAACAAAUCUCUAGCGAUCUUCUUUCUCGAUCUGUUCCUAACUAAAACCAUCAUAACCAUUAACCGAGAAUCUUAAAACUUCCUCCAAGCGAUAGAGACAAGCCAAAUCCAGCAUCCUGUGUUCCUUGCAUCGACAAAUCGGAAAAAUCUCCAGCCACGUAUCUUCCUACGCUGUCAAUUUAAUUCCCAAUCUUCUCGCAAUAUUCAUCGCUAUACCUGUUAUCUCAGAGACCUAAAAUUUCCUUCAGAAACAGUCGAAAUCCUCCUUCUCAGCCCCAACUUCAACUUAGAUCCUCCUAAACCGACAAACGUCGAAGAUCUUCGAAAUAGCCGCAGAAAAUGCUCGUUAUACCCUGUUUUAAAUUCACCAAUCGAUCGAACCUUCGAUGCCAACAUAACGCAAAGGAACGGAGGCACAGAGUAACCUACGAUAAAUGCCAGAUCGGUGGCAAAGAUCGUGGGACGAGGUAUCGAACCGUGUUACGCCCGUUUCGGCGCGUAGUUCUUUGCUCGACGGUCAGAACAUCGAUAAAAUCCAGCUAUCGAAAGCAGAUCGAUCCACGCAACGCCGUCAGCUCCCUCGAGGUGUUCCUCGGCUGGCUAACUUUAUCGGGCUCGCUCUACUUUCCAUUUUAAUUGCGAGCACCUGGGAUUCUUCCAUGGAAUCCGACGACUGGAAACGAAUGGCAGAUGCGACGUGUCCGCGCGAAUGGUGGGAUCCUACGUCUGUAAACGUCGCCGGCGACACUUUCCACUCGAAUGGUUCUUCGACGCGACUGGCAGACGUUUUCUAGGUGAAUUGAACGGGGAUUCUGGGUAGUCGGCUGAUACCAAUCGACGGAGAAAUGGGAGAACGAAGGGUGAUCAGAGGCGCGGCAGAAAUUCUUCUCGCGGAGGGAUGACCGAUGCGUGUAUUGGCGCGGGUGAGAGGUGGAAAGCGAGAAGAAGAAAGGUAAGAGGUGCGGAUCCCUUCCCUUUCGUCCAGAAGCUUGGAAGAAGACUCGAGAGGAGAUCGGUGUAGUCGCAGUGCAUCGGCUGCUACACGCUGGCCGAACGUUCGACGUCGGACACCUUCGCCGGGACACUCAUGCAACGUGCGACAAAAUGCCGACCACGCUGCCCGUUCUGUAUCUCGUGACGCUGGUCUUAUGCAACAUUCACGGCAGUCUUGAACAUGAAAUUCCAAGGAGGAGCUUCCUGUCACGAAGAGCCAUUGAUGGUACCAGGGGGAGGAAGUUCUUCGAUCCGGAAGAAGAGGGAGCGUUCGACAGUUACGGAUCUGCUGGUGGCCAGUACGAUCCUUACCAAGAGAAAACAGAUUUGUCAGACAUUAGGAGGAACGUGCCAGGAGAACCAGGUAUUGAUUAUCCGGCAUACACGACGCUCCCUCAGACAGGUUUCACGUGCGAGGGACGCUCACGAGGGUACUACGCGGACGAGGUGGCGGGAUGCCAGGUUUUCCACGUGUGCCACGACGUAUUGGUCUCCUCCUUCCUCUGCCCCAUAGGCUCUGUAUUCAGCCAAAAGCUGCUCACCUGUGACUGGUGGACCAAAGUAGACUGUUCAGCUAGCAGCAAAUACAUAGACGUGAAUCGUAACAGUUACCAGCAAGAUGACGACGAGAUGAUUCGAAACGCUUACGCAAUGAUCAGUCUUCAAUCAGGAACAGACGUGACCAAGGAUGGUCUGGUGGAUCCUGAUCGAACUGGAAGCGUGGUGGACUAUCAGAGAGGCCCAGGAAGAAUCCUCGACUAUUCUUCAGUUGACACAACAGGGAACGACUUGAGGACCAAUUUCGAAGACUAUCGUAGACCUGCCAAUCGGGAUUUCCUGCCACCCUAUCAGCUCAAAGACAAAAAACUGGAAACCAGUGGAAAUUAUCAAGGCAAAUUCUAUUCUAGCGAGAAAUCCAGGUCUCCCUACGAAGAUUCGCCGAUUAUCCGAGUUCAGAAGAUCAACGAUCCAGGAUUUGGAAACCAGAGGAACAAAGAUUUCCAGGAGACCUAUCGAAGGCCCAACGAGUUCACCAAUCAGUUCCAACCAUCUUACGCACCUACUGUACCGACUGUCACCACUACAACUAGGAGAUUUUACUCUCCAACUGUCCCUACGACAUUCAAAUCGUCUACUUUGGCAUACAACAAGUUGGACCAGGCGAUAGACAGCUCUGAAUAUUAUCUUUCGCGCAGUAGAUCAAACAGCUUCGUCACUCCUCCUACCAGAGUCUUCUCGAACGACGAUAAGAGUAGACAGGAUUUAGGAAGAGACUUGAAAAUAUCUGAAGCUGUUUCUUUGAGGAAACCGAACAGGGAUGAUGAUUAUAGUAGACAGGAGAGUUACGAGUAUGAUUAUGACGAUGUCAAUAGCGACGAAACGAGAGACGAACGUCCUAAAGAGAGAUUCCAGGUGAGGGUUCUCGACGAUUUUAAUUACAAUCGUACCAAAGUGUCGAACGGAGGAAGUUCUUUGUUUGAUAGGGUCUACGCAGGAUUCAACCACAACAGCAACGACGAAGAACCUGUGGACGACUUCGAAACGAGAGGUAGCAUUGGUCUAGGCCACGCGUUUCAUCAGUCGUUCAGGGGAAUCUCGGUUGACGAACAGAAUCCAGCGAGAGACGAAACCAAAGUUUAUGGUGAAACUCAAAGAGGAAUUAAUUUCAAUAAAGAAGACACUAAGUACACCUUGGUCAGACCGGAGCCUACGCGUUAUCCCGGAGAAAAGAAAGAGGAAACGACUGAACAAUACCAAAGAACCGAUCAAAGAGACACAAAAACAAAUAAGGAAGAAUUUCUGAAUAAUUUCAAUACUUUUCCAUCAACGACCGCUUCGUCAAUAAUCGAAAGUACCAUCAAAGCAACCACGAAUCUUCACGAACCACGUUCUUCGAUAUCAAAUGGAUCGAGUGAUUUGAACAAUUCUACUGACGUAAAUUCCGAAUUUUUUAAUGAGAAACAUCCCAUCGAUACAGAGGACAGUGGUUCUCAAACAUCUAGACCAGUCGAAUUUCUAGAAUCUCUUCAAAAGACGCAAAAUAAGUUCCAGAUAAAGGUGCCAGAUCUACCUGAAGGAUCCACUUUAUUUAAUCAUUAUACGACUCAGAAUGAUGAACCUAGUUCAAGAACGACUGAAAUACCGAGGUUCCAGAGCAUUGGUCCUGACGAUUAUGUCGAUCAGUCUACUUCUUUCGAUAGAAACACAGGAGUAACGAGCAAUUACGAAAACGUAGAGAUCUCUGAAGACUCUAGUUUGCAGAAUCAUGGUAGUACAGUGGCUAGACCCCUAGUACCCUCCACUGGGUCAUGGUUUUCUUCCUCUUUCUCUGACCAAUCGAAUACCAAAAGUCCGACGAAAGAUUACACCAGACCCGAAGAAGGUGAAUCUCACACAAAUCAUUUUGAUCUUUCUUUCAAAUCUACGAAUGACACUGAAGAGAAACUCGAGGAUGAUAAAAAGAGUGAACUUCGGUUUACCACAGAUGAUGCUGUUCAGAAUUCCAGGACGAUUUCUGUGAGUGCAAGCACCGUGUCUCCGCCAAAGAUUAUAAAAGCUAUAACAUCCUCAGGUUUCGUGAACUCCUCAGGAAGUGUUUCAAUAAUUAAAACCCCCGAAGAAUUGUCGACACAGGGACCGAUCAGAAUUUCGACAUCUCCCGUAACUAAAUCAAUCGAUAUUGAAUCUUCGAUAUCAACUUUCAGACCUGUAACGCAUAGGAGCAUAGAAUCAGGCAGAAGCUUGGAAGAGAAGUCGAAAGAUAACAGAGAUAGCGUAGAAUCCUCGACCGUGAAUGCUUUACUUGGAUCCAUCAUGCCAGAAACUUUAAAGCACAUCGAAGAAGCUAUAGAGAAGAAUAAUUCGCCUUACCAAGUGACGUUGACGAUGAACAAAGGCGCAGAGCUGAUACCUACUGGACAAGAUAUAAUUAGCAAACUGAUAGCCCAACAGGGCAAAGAAACGUCGACCCUCAAUGACGAGGUACACGAACUAGAAAUAAUUAAAUCUUUGGAGCCAGAAGUUCAUAGAAUGACAGAGUUACAGAUCUCUGCGGCGAAUAUUUCGGACGUGAGAAAUGCGUCUAACUUCGGAAACGAUUUUAUCAAUUCCGAUCUAACCGAUUUUAAGAGAAAUAACCCGAAUACAGUCAGUCUUCUUCAACUGAUGUCGGAAUUAAUGAAGCAAGACCGAGUUCCUCGACCAUUUUCCCUGUCAGUCGCUCAAAAUUCGGAACUACAGACAGUAAAUUCGAACGUGCAACAGCCGGAUGAAGCGACAUUUAGGUCUCAAGAGAGUUCUACGCUGCCGAACUUGAAAACUUCUGCUCCUCGAUCGAAAGAAGGGAUUCUGGGUCAGCUAGAGCAGCAUUUCGGAGAACCUCUUUACAGAGAACAGAAAAAAAUAUUUGAUCUUCCUGAGAAACAGAAAUCGAUUGAUUUCCAGACUGUAGUUCUUCUUAGGAACACGAAUAAAUACGAACAAUCGAGCACCGAUAAGACGAUCGUGCCGAAUCUUCAAACGAGUUCUAAGAUAGAUAUUAGAUCGACGACGACAUCUACGCCGAAGACCACGUUUACCACGAAAUCUGAGAAGACUGUAGUGAAAACAGAAUUUGUUCCAUCGAUUGGAUUCUCUUUUGAUACCGACGAGGGUAGAGAAGAAUACGUUGAGGCUGUUUUAGGCGGCCUGAUCGAGCCACAGGCAGCAGAAAGUCAGAAGAAAGAAAUUAUCUUGAAAGAGAAACCAGAGGGAGAGACAUUUUUAAAAAAGAACGAAACAACGAAAAGUGUCCCAGAAGAGAUUUAAGGGUUGUUUCUAGGAUGAUUUUUCCAAGGAUGAACUUAGGUUUAGAACGAAAUCUGUGAUGUCUUGCCGUUUCGUGCUUUUUAUGAUAGAUCUUCUCGACCAUCUUUUUUCUUCUCCUUUAAUCGAUAUUUUUGAAUAUUUUCUUUUUUAUUCUCGGGGGUAUUGCGAGUUCGAGACUUUUGUAAUUAACGUCCCUUCCUUCGUGAUUGAAAAAUAUAACGAAUCAUUGAAUGCAGAGGGAUUAUAGUAUAAUAAUUGGAAGUGAGGGAUUAAUCAUUUUUUUUGCCAUUUAUGUUGCGAGAGAAUUAAAAAUUUCUUUUCUCCUCCUUAUCGAUUGAGAGGAUUACAAGUGAGAAAUUUGUAUGAAAUUAACGUUCCUUGUUUCGUGAUUUAAAAUUUCAACGAGCUUUUGAUGGAAGUCUUGGAAGACGGAGAUUAAUAUUUCUUGUUACCAUUUACGUCGUAAGCGAAGAAAAAGGGCUGAUAUAUAAUUAGUUUCAUUAACUCUUCCUAGGAUAUUCUUACUUUUAAUUAAAGCGACUAACAUAACAGCGAGUUGGGUGUAAAAUGUUUUUAAGGUUUUAAGAUAGAACUAGACCUAACAUGUAUAAAAUGGUAAUUAUAUUAUCGUUGUUGAUAAGAUCUAUCAUUGGUAUUCAGAAAAAUAAUAUCGUUACUAUUUGAUAAUACAAAGUACGUUUUACUAACUUGAUAACCUACCAAUGACAAGGAACAGGGUUUCGAUACUGUAAACUAUAGAUUUGUAGAUGUGUGUGUUAAUGUAUGUACGAGUGUGCAAGAAGCAAUAGUAAUUAUACGACUAUUAAAUUGUACCUUAUGUAACCCAACAUUCUAUUGAUUCUUAAAUAUAUCCUAUCGUUGCGGAGAA